CGCGAGCGGAAAUCAAAUGCGUUCAAAAUUGAAUUGGUGCGAAUUUUGCAACAGAGGAGUUGAAUUUGUGGAGGGAAAGGAGGAUCAGGGUUCCAAUCAAGGUUCGGAAACGAGCGGGAGAGGAUUUGAAGAUGCCGGUGGCAAGACCAGAAUCGUCCGGUUCUAGAGUUAUUGCUCAUGUUGACAUGGAUUGCUUCUAUGUUCAAGUUGAGCAGCGGAAACAGCCGAGUUUAAGAGGUCGUCCUACUGCUGUUGUGCAGUACAAUGCUUGGCAAGGAGGGGGUCUUAUUGCGGUGGGGUAUGAAGCCCGUGCGUUUGGUGUCAAAAGGUCAAUGCGUGGUGAUGAGGCCAAAAAGGUCUGUCCUGAAAUUGAGCUUGUAACUGUUCCAGUGAGUCGUGGUAAAGCGGAUUUAACUGUGUACCGGGAUGCUGGUUCAGAGGUGGUGUCUAUCCUUUCAAGCAAGGGUCGAUGUGAGCGUGCUUCUAUUGAUGAAGUCUACCUGGAUCUUACUGAAGCUGCAGAAACAAUGUUGGCCCAAAAUCCCCCUGAGAGUUUGGAAGCAAUUAGUGAAGAAGCUCUUAAAUCACAUAUUUUGGGGCUUCAUUCGGACAAGGAUGGAUCUGACAAUCGAGAUCGUGUGAGGGAAUGGUUUCUUAGCAAUGCUGAUCGUCGUGAUAAAUUAUUGGCAUGUGGAGCUCUUAUUGUAGCAGAACUUAGAAUGGAAGUUCUGAAGAAAACUGAAUUCACGUGUUCAGCUGGCAUAGCCCAUAAUAAGAUGCUCGCUAAAUUAACUAGUGGAAUGCACAAACCUGCUCAACAAACCAUUGUGCCUUCCUCAUCUGUUGAGGAGCUGCUUGCAUCUCUGCCUAUAAAAAAAAUGAAACAACUUGGAGGAAAACUGGGAACCUCUUUGCAAGAUAAGCUUGCUGUGAAUACUGUUGGGGAUCUAUUGCAGUUUUCAGAGGAGAAGCUGCAAGAUCUCUGUGGCAUAAAUACUGGUACAUGGUUAUGGAAUAUUGCACGUGGGGUAUGUGGGGAUCAGGUAGAGGGUCGCCUCCUUCCCAAAAGUCAUGGUUCCGGGAAGACAUUUCCUGGACGUCAGGCUCUUAGAAAGUUCUCUACUGUUCAGAAGUGGCUGAAUGAUCUUUGUUCUGAAUUGAGUGAACGUCUUCUUCGUGAUCUGGAACAGAAUAAACGCAUUGCUCGUACUCUCACCCUGCAUGCAAGUGCUUAUAAGUUGAAUGACUCGGAAUCACUCAAAAAGUUCCCUUCAAAGUCAUGUUCCUUAAGGUAUGGGGUUACCAAGAUCCAAGAAGAUGCCCUCAAUCUAUUUCAUGCCGGGCUGCGUGAAUAUGUUGGGGUAUACCAUGAGAAGUUGAAAGAGUCCACGCAGCAGGAGUGGGCAAUAACUGGUCUCUCUGUCUCAGCAAGUAAAAUAGUUGAUAUUCCAACUGGAACGAACUCAAUUAUGAAGUAUUUCCAUCACCAAAAUCAGACAUGUGCUGAGUUAAAUGAUGUAUGCACCCAUGAUGCUGCGUCUUUGUCGACAGGUACUACGAGCUCCAUAGGACUAAAUCAAGCUGAUUAUCCAGAAAAUGAUGUGUGUGAGGAUGAAACAAUGCUUGGUCAUGUCGUGCCAUGUUCAGGACCAGAUGAUGUUAAAAUAGAAGUCUGUAAGGAUGAUGUGUAUACGUACGAAGAUGUAGAUAAGAAAGACCCAUCUCUCUCUGGAGAGAAGCAGAGCUUGGUGCUCCAAGAAGACACUCUUACAUCAUGCUUAGGUGGGUCUCAUCUCAUUUCAACUGAAACUGGUCUGGAAUCAAGACUCACUAAGUCAAAGAUGGAUCUCGUAAGACCUCGUUUAAAAUCAGAUAAAAAGAAAAGAAAGAUAGAGAAGGGCACUUCAUCAAUCUUAAGAUUUUUCGGGAAUCAAGACUCUCGUGCGAAUCUUGAGACUUUUCAAGAGAGUGGAACAUCUUCCUCUGGUAAGCAGCUUGAGAAUAUCCAGCAAACAACAAAUGGGAUCACCCCAAGAACAUGCAAUUCCAGAACUGAUGCAUGGAGUUACAAGAGUGAUGAGAUUGAUCCUUCUGUCUUGAAUGAAUUACCUCUUGAGGUUCAAGCAGAAGUGCGUGCAUGGAUGCAGCCUCAGAAGCGGGCUAACGUUGUGAAAAAGGGUUCUAGUAUUGCUCACUAUUUCUCACCAACUCCAAACCCUUGAUUCUAUUGGCUUAUCCAAAACUUGUUUAUUCCGAAAUAUCAAAUUCUUAAUAGCAGGCCCUUUUUAUUCCAGAGAAGUAGCACCAUUGUUUGUACAUUCUCUAUUUACAACUUUAUGCACAUGUAAUUGAAAACAAGUGUGAGAUCAUUCUGCAUCUGUCAAUAAAACUAUUUGGACAGUCA